UUAACCUGACAUUAUGAACCUGACAUCAUGUUGUGAUACUAGCAACAAGGUCUCAGUACUAAUAAUCCCCUUCCACAAUAAUAUGUUAUUUCAGGUGCUACUAAAAGCAAAGUCAUGGGGUGCUACAGCCAUCCUCAUAGAAUGGGAAGAUACAUUUCCAUACAUCGGACAGUUGAUCGAAAUUGGCAGCUUGAGUAAUUACAAUGGAGAUGACAUGUAUACAAUGGAUGAUGUGAAGCAUAUACUGAAAUUUGCUAAAAAUAACGGAUUGGAAGUAAUACAAUUAAUUCAAACAAUUGGCCAUAUGGAGUUUGUGCUGAAACAUCCAGUUUACGAGAGGCUGAGGGAGGUGCCUCAAUCACCGUCCGUACUUUGUCCAUCGAACCCUGAAGCUCAGAGUGUAGUUCGUAUGAUGCUGGAUCAAGCAUUGCAAGUGCAACCUGAUGCGAAGUACUUGCAUAUUGGAGCUGAUGAGGCGUGGCAUUUAGCCAAAUGUCUAGACUGUGAAACAAGGAUUGCUACAAGAGACUAUAAACUGAAGGAAUGCCUGUACCUGGAUCACAUACAAAGUGUCGCGACAUAUUUGAAGCAAAGACGACCAGAUCUGACUGUGCUUAUCUGGGACGACAUGUUGAGACCUGUGGACUUCGAUACUUUGAAGUCAUACCAAUUAGGCGAGCUUGUAGAACCAGUCGUCUGGGAUUACAACCCGUUGGAGAGUUUCUACUUAAGUCCAAUGAUAUGGAGCAUGUACAGUCAGCUGUUCUCACAGGUGUGGGCCGCGUCGGCAUACAAGGGCGCAAGUGGUAGUAAUAAGAUGGUGGCGCCAGUGAGCCGAUAUGUAAGUAACCAAGAGGCCUGGAUCAAAGUCAUCCAAACUCAUUCACCCACCGUUAAGUUUGGAGGGAUAUUUCUAACUGGUUGGUCGAGGUAUGAUCAUUAUGCAACUUUAUGCGAGUUGCUGCCUGUGUCUCUGCCCAGUCUGGCGAGCUGCCUCAAAGUGUUGUGCAAGACUUGUGACAUUCCUAAUGGACUUCUGAUAAGCGAGACGCUACCAUCAGACCAAUGGCCGGGGGAACAGCUGGCGCUGCUCAUACGACACUUCGACUCCGUGAGAGAGCGAUGUCGGGAAUACCUACGAGAUAGUGUUAUAGAAACAUGGAUGAAUUCUUGGCAACUUGAACAUAACUAUAUCAAUCCAUCUAAAAUACAAGAAGUCAUAUUUAGAGCUAACAUAUUACUUACAGAAAUACUACAAAUCAAUAACGAUAUGAUAGCUCAACUCGUAAACUUUUUUGGACCGAGAACUGUCCAGGAGUGGAUUGAAACGAAUCUGGCGCCAACUGCCAACGAGCUGACGAGACUGUUGGCGACCGCUCACCAAAGGUGCAUAGCUCCUGCGUCUGUUUGUCCCACAUAAUCAUGCCAUCUUUUAUUCCAUCAACGAAAGUUUCUUUUGGGAGCGUUGUGCUUUAGCGGGUUACCAAGAGAUCAUGAGAUUAUAUCUGGCACAAAAAUUUGUGUCAGUUAUACUUCUGACUGAGUCUCCGGUAAAGGAAACACCGGUAACAAAGUAUUAACUCGCUUCCUGCAAUGUUGGAAUUUUUUUAUGAGAAUAGAAUGAUGAUCCCUCCUGCGGUAACGGUCAACACUGAACCGCGGGCACCAGUAACCCUAGCACCUGAACUAAACGGCGGGGCACCAGUGUAGGAUGAUAAAAUGAACAUGAGGUCCGGUCAGUGGUCAGUCCGGCAGUGACAAAUUCAUCAGGAAUUUAUCAUGAUGCUUCCUGAAACCGCGUGGAGGUCAACCUGAUAUCGUACAUUGCUAGCAAUGGGAUUUAUAGUCCAAAUUACUACUAAUCUUCCCCAAGGGGAUGUGGGAUUCUUACCCACUAGAAACCACACAUUCUACCGCGACUCCGGCGGUGUUAGUCCUCCCUGUAGAUGGUAUUGGGAGGCCCCAUCUCUUUGUUAGGGCGCCCUAUUCAGUUCUGGUAGUGUGGGGUUACACGCGCCCGCUUCCGGGGCCAUUUGAUUAGGGCGCUGCUUUAUAUUUAACUCUAGUUCAGCUGUCUACCUUAGUUUAGAAGAAUUAUCAAGAUACUAUAAUAAUAUACUUCUAUUACUAUUAAUCUUGUUUAAUCAUACUCUUAACAUAGUUUGUCUAUCUAUAAUCUAUGUCUAACAUAUUCAACAUCUGUAGUCUCGACCAGUGAUUCUCAACCUUGUUUCAUUACGACACACUUUUAACGAUUUCGAAAUUUGACGUCACACAACGAAAAUCAUAAGUUUAAAGAUUAUUUACUGCGUAAAAUAAGUUUUAUAUGUGCGAAAUAAAAUCAUAUGCACUACACAAAUAACAGUAUGUUUAUUUAGGGAUUCAUUACAAGUUAAUAUUUCUAUAUCUAAAAUUUGGCGACACACUCUCAGAAUUUCGUUACACACAAAAGUACGCGGUACAUUGGUAGAGAAUCACUGGACUAGAUAUAGAUACGCUAUUGUACCUAUAUAUCUUGCAUAAUAAACAAUUAAAAUAGAAAAUUAUGACAUUAAAUUACUCUUUAUUCUUCUUCUCAUAGAAAAUGUACUUAAUUAAACUAUAUCUAUAACUAUUACUAUCUGAUGGGCUGUAUGCUUGUUUGCCACCGUCAUAGUAUAAGAAAAGUAUAAAAAAGAUAAAAAAUACAACAUUUAAGAACGUUGUGUCUAUUGAAGAAUGAGAUAUGGCAGAGAAAUUUCAGGGUACAGAGGCAUACCAUCCUAUUCCUCUGAAAUGGCAACGCAAGGGGCUACGGACGUGAUAAUAUACGUGGCACUCUUGUGUAUAGCCUUUUUUCGGAUUGCUCUCAUACUGUUGGCCACAGCUGACGUUUACAGCUCGAUACAGUCGAUAGGGGACGAGUGCAGAUAGCACUCCAAACCCGCGGAACGACUCAUGAAGCGGCUGAAGGCCAACUCUCACCUGACGGAUA